CGUACGCGCUGUGAUUGGCUGAGGCUUGAUAGUGGGCCGUGCCCGACGCCGGUGUCUCCCUGGUUGCGCAAGACGCCAUUUUGGAGUGACAGUGAAAGAUAACCUAAAGACCAGCAAGCUGUCUUUUUAAAGCUCUGUCAUUAUGGGGAAUGUAUUUGCAAGCUUAUUCAAGGGCCUUUUUGGCAAAAAAGAGAUGAGAAUUCUAAUGGUUGGGCUGGAUGCUGCUGGAAAAACGACUAUCCUUUAUAAACUAAAGCUUGGAGAGAUCGUCACCACCAUCCCCACCAUCGGUUUUAACGUUGAAACGGUAGAAUACAAGAACAUCAGCUUCACGGUGUGGGAUGUGGGCGGUCAGGACAAAAUCAGGCCGCUGUGGCGCCACUACUUCCAGAACACUCAAGGGCUCAUUUUUGUGGUGGACAGCAACGACCGGGAGAGGGUGAACGAGGCCAGGGAGGAGCUGUCGAGAAUGCUGGCGGAGGAUGAACUAAGGGACGCCGUGCUGCUCGUGUUCGCAAACAAACAGGAUCUCCCCAACGCCAUGAAUGCUGCAGAGAUCACAGACAAGCUGGGCUUGCACGCCCUCCGUCAGCGCAGCUGGUACAUCCAGGCCACCUGCGCCACCAGCGGCGACGGCCUGUACGAGGGCCUAGACUGGCUCUCCAACCAGCUGAAGAACCAGAAAUGAUCCAUUCCACCACUUUUGAUUUUUGUUCUCUUUUUCUUUCCUUUUCCUGUUUCAACACGACGGCAGCACGGACCCAGGCCCCUCUGCCCCCCUGUCCCACCCGGUUUCCCGCCCUCGUGCUUUCCUUUAAGAACUUCCUUCAUUCCCUCGCCCUGCUACCUUCUUCUGUCAGUACUCUAGGGGCUGUAGCCUGUGCUGCUUGUGUGUGCGUGUGUGUGUGUGUGUGUGUGACCUUGUGUGUUCAGAGUGUGUGGGUGUGAAGGCGCCUGUGUGCGUUGGCUGGGACUGGGAGUAACCCUGGCGUGCCUUUUACACACCUCCUGUGGAAUCAGCAGUCUGGUUUUCAAGCCCUCUCUCCAUCCACCAAGCUCCGCCUCCGCCCCACUCAGUCUUGCACGCCCCCCCCCCCCCCCCCCCGCUCUCAAGAGGAAGCAUGGUUUUCACAUGGCAAAUGAAGCCCCCCCCCCAGUUAACUAGAAAUCGUCCCCCGUUGUCGACCAAAUGUCAGAUGUUCCUUUGAAGCCGUUCGAUUGAAAGAGAUCCAGAGAACGGCAUCUUAACCUGUAUCAGGUCAAGUCACACAACUGUAAAAGUCUAGCAAAAGCCCCGCCCACCGCCAUCCCGGUGCCAUUUGAAAAUCAUGCUCUUUGUUUUAUUAUUAUAUUGGAAUAUAUCAUAUUAUUCUGGCUGUGGCUCUCCGGUGAACACUACCUUUCUCCCACCACCGAGACCGUCAAGCACAAAGCAAGGCAGCAAGUCCGAGUCCACGGUUGCAGAUCUGGUCUUUUGGUAGUUGGCCUCUGAUUCCCUGGAUUAAACGACAUUUUUGAGAAGCCCUUAAGUGUGAUGUCUUAUUGUGACGGCGUUCCGAUUGGAUCCCGCUGGUUUACCUGCUUUCUCUACCUGGUGUUGGCGUUUCUCAGACCGCUGAAGCAGUCCCACUAAUGCAGCACACGGCUCCAGAACCUUCUAGCGCCUGAGCUGGCUCUUCAGCGGGUUUCUCCUCCUCUUCCUCACUGUUUGCUAGGUUUUUUUUUGCCUUUGCUAUCCAACCGUAAAUGUUUGUGGGAUGAAGGACUGGCACCAAAUAUGAAGGCUCUAAAACUGUGAAGAAUCCAGACGGGAGGCGCAGACGGGUCCGCGACUCCUCGCUGCAGCGCUGCAUGCGCCGUGGCGGGGAAGACGGUGGCGGGCCGAGGAGUCAGCGGGUGGAGGGGGGCAUGUGCAGUAAACGGUGGCGAGGUCCAGGAGGCGCCUCGGCGUGGAAUCCUAGGGGUUAAUGAACUUGUGUCGAGGAUGAUUGUACAUCUGUAUGUUCCCCUGAACACUGUGUGGGGAUCUCUGAACAUGAAUAAAGUUGAUUUGAUCCAAA